CCUCAGCUGGUGACGUGUCAGUUUGUUUACAGCGCUGCAGCCGCUGCACAGACAUGGCUGUGGACAUAACUCUGCUUUUCAAAGCCAGUGUCAAGACUGUUAAAACCAGGAACAAGGCCAUAGGAAUAGGAUUUGACUCUACGAAAGAUGAAAUAUUCAAGAGGAGCAGAGCAAAGAGUGGCUUCUCCCCGAAGGCGAAAGAAGUGAUCACAAACAUCACCAAGCUCAAAGACUUUCUGCUACAACACAGGAAAGAUUAUGUGAGCGCCGGAAGUCUCAUCUCAUCAGAUCUCACCCGUAUGACGGACAAUGAACGAGACCAGAUUGACCAGGAUGCUCAGAUCUUCAUGAGGACGUGUUCUGAAGCCAUAAAGCAGCUACGCAAUGAAGCAGAGAAGCAGGUGACAUCAGCUCAGAUAAGGGAGCACAGAGGGGCAGUGCUGGACCUCAUUGAAAUGUAUCUGAGAGGAGUGUGUAAGCUGUACUCUGAGCAGAGAGCCAUCAGAGUCAAGAGAAUGGUGGACAAGAAGAGGCUAUCAAGGCUGGCACCAGAGCACCACAGUCGGGUGGAGAAAACGCCAGAGGUGGAGCCCACAGAGGAGAAGACUGUCAAGGAGGAAAGUACUGAGAAGAGUGUUCCAGAGGUCCCGGACAACCCUGUCAACAUGUGGGAGGAGAGCCGAGUGGAGGAUGAGCUCUCUCCUGAGGAGAUCCAGAUGUUUGAGCAGGAGAACCAGAGGUUGGUGAGUGAGAUGAACAGCCUGGUGGAUGAAGUGAGGCAAAUCGAGGGGAAGGUGGUGGAGAUCUCUCGACUGCAGGAGAUCUUUGCUGAGAAAGUCCUGCAACAAGAAACAGAGAUAGACAAUAUUCAUCAGCUGGUUGUGGGUGCUACAGAAAACGUCAAAGAAGGCAAUGAGGAUAUACGAGAGGCAAUCAAAAACAACGCUGGCUUCCGGGUAUGGAUCCUGUUCUUCCUGGUCAUGUGCUCUUUCUCUCUCCUCUUCCUGGACUGGUAUGACAGCUAACACAGCAAGCCAGAAUUGACUCUAUACGACAGGAAAGCGUCCGGCUCUGGCACAUAUUGGUUAUCUCGUUAAAAGGCGAAGACAACACUGAGACGGAAUGUACGGCUGACCAUGCUGGACCUGGUGUACGAAGUAACAAAGUGUUCUUGAUUAAGAUAAUUCAAGUGGAGGUGGCAGUUUAUUCUUCCCUGAUGCUAACUAUCUAUUUUCAUGUUUAAAAGCACUUCUACAGAGGCGAGCUUUGUAUGGAGCACUGUGUCCACUUUAAGUGUGUGUAUGCUUGGACAGUCAAUGUUUCUCCACCACUAAAAGCAGAGGUAAUUGGCACCGACUAUUCUUGUCUAACUGACUAAAAAAACGCAGAUUUUUUUGAUAAUUCCUUUUGAAACAGACUGGACGAUACUGCGCAGACUGACAUUACAUCGACUUUGCUGUCUCAUGUACAUUCAAUAGAUUAUGAAACUUGUAUCCCUCAAUGACAUAAAUUAUUCUUCACUGUCAAAUGUUGAGAAUGUUUUUCUUUCCAGGCAAUUAUAAGCAGCAGAACAAUUUCUUUGACGUCUAUCACAGCAUAACUGUACUGACACACCACUCAAUUUCUAGUAAAAUUAAGCAAUUCUCCUAAUUAAAA